UGCACUUAUAAAACAGUUUAUUUCGCAUCUGACGUAUUCAACGAUGAUGCUGAUGACAGCGAAUCUGCAAAUGUACACGAGAAGAUAUUAAUAAUAAUUAACGUAAUCGAUUUUACGUAUUAGUGAAAAAUUAACAACUAAAAAAUAAUUAUAAUUCUAAACUACAAAUAAUACGACUUCAAGGAAAUUCAUAAAAUCUACUUCGCAACAGAAACCUGAAAAAGGAUCGAUAAAGAAAGUUCAAAGGUAGAUGAACGAAGAAAUUGAUAAAACUAAUUGAAACAUAAUAUAUUAACAAUGAUUACUUUCGGGAAUAGAACGAAACUAUGUCGGCUCUAGCAAAUACCUAAUUGAUACUGAACGAUUCGAGGAAUAAGAAUAAGUACUCUUACAAUUAGACUUCAGAAAUACGCACUUCGCGCAUGCCAAACAAUUUGACUUGACGACGGCUGAACUCAACGUCUAAAACCCUGAGAACGUGGUGACAGCUAAGAAAAAGCUGCCAGGUUAUCGAACUUCACCCAUUCCUCUUUAUUUAAACAAUUUCUUAAACGUAGAAACAUCAUCGCUGGCAAAAGGAGCUGCCUCAAGAAUUGUAAGUAAUUUCUCAAUCUGCACACCGUUUGUUAUAUAUAACACACAAAUACAUCGACAAGUUUAAAGAAACUACAGGUUUUCAAUAAUACACAGUAUGCACGGAUCAAUAAUAUAAUCUGUUUCUGUUGAACGGUAAUAUCAUAAUCCGGUCCAUUAAAAUUUAUACUACCUCCGACACGCAGUAAUUUAUAUUAAAAUUAUCUGCUCAGAAAUUGCGGUAACAUCAAAGCACUCAUAAUAAAUUCCGCGUGUGCCUCGACGCAGCAGCAGAUCGGCUCACCGCCAACUUCAAACUCUCUCGCAGACGCUCCGAGAUAAAAUUUUCAAUCGAAUGCGAGCCGACGACGUCGCCCCUUUGCCAACGCGAUGAGGGGGACCGAGCUUUUCUUCAUCCACGCAGGUGAAUGGCCGACAGGUGAAAAGCGGACAGUUUGAAUAAAGCACGAGCUGAAUUACGGGAGGAUGACCGAUCCGACGCCGAAAGCCGCCCGGCCGCGGAACGUCGGCCGAAGCAAGACGAUGACUGCCAGAAAACCGCGGAACAAUUUCUUUAGAACGCAGUAUUAUUUCACGAAGGGUCACGAACAUCUGGGAAAAGCUAGAGAUGUUCUCCAAGAGCAGUCGCCGUUCAUUUACCCACCUUGCUCUUUAAUGUUCUCUUACUCCCAAUACUGGCGAGCGAAGAAACGUACCACGGACAAGGAGAAAAGGAUGGGAGUACUAAAGGCUACGGGCAGCCACAGUCUCCUACGAUCGCUUCGUGUGGACGUGGACAUCGAGGCGUUGGAGGCGAAGAAGCACAAGAAGCUGGACGAAGCGAUGGCCAUCACCGACGUGGAUCCGCAGUUCUUCUCCCAGUUGGACAGCCGCAUGGUCAAAGAGAAGUUCUGCGUGCUCGAUUACGUCGAGGACAAUCGGCAGAUCUUCAAGGCUCGGCUGUUGGCCGGUCAACAGACCGACGACUGCAUUCGCAUAGACCAACAGUUCGUCGAAGAGCAGAGGAGGCUAGACGACAUCAAGCGUCGAUACCGACAAUACGUGAGCGGCUUCGAGGAAUUCCUGUCGAAGGACCACGAGGAAAGCAUGAACGUCCUCAACAAAGCCGACGACGAGGUGAAACUGACGAGGGAGGUGACCGAAACGAGGAACCAGCUCUCGAAGGAGUUCGGCAAAGUCAGACUGGACGUUUAUCAUUGGGAGGAGAGUUGGAGGAUGGUGAAAAUGUGCCAGAGGUUCCUCUAUCAGGUGUCGCCGAUAGCAUGGCGCGAGAAACACGACUGGAUCCACCGUAGCGAGUCCGGGGAGAGCAUUAUUCACGGAAAUGCGGACGACCUGUUCGGUCGAUACCGAAUGCUAGAUGAAGUUGCCUCCCUCGACACUCUGAUAGAUUUGUUCGAGCAGGACAUUCUCGACGCAGGCCCGACAGAAUUAUACUUCAAGGACCCGCAAGAUCUGAUUCUUGUAUUCAGAGCACUGGAAACGCAGAACCUGAGCGCGUUGAUUCACUUAGAAUCUUUGGCAGAGCCACUGGCCGAUAUGUUAACGACGAUACGCACGGCCGAGGAACAGAUCAAACUGGAAGUCGGAGAAAUAACCGGUGCUAUCAACGAGUUGACAGAUGACAUACAAAAGCUGGAAACUAGAGCGGCCGAUUUAGAGGAAUACGCGAACGAACUGUUGGACACAGCGUUCCGGGAGGCGGUCUGCUCCGAGAGCGUAUUGAGACUCCAAGUGUUCGUCGAAGACGCGUACGAGAGUUGCGUCGGCCCGAACGAAGCGAACUUGGACAGUUUCUCGAUGAUGAAGUGGAUCGAGAAGACCCACGAGGAUUUGAACCUGCAGUUAGACACUCUGCCACCAGAAGUGGUACAGUUUUGUGAAAAGGAAGGAUUCAGACAGGAGCUCAGAGCCACGAAGGAAACGGAGGAAGCCGCCAAGAAGUUCGAGCUGAUGCAUCGGCUGCUGGCGUCACUGAAGCGUGUCAUGGAACCACCGGUGACGAAGCGUCGACCUUUAAUGUGGCGUUCGACGCCGCGGUUUCAGCGAGCGAAGGCGAAACCGCCGCCGCCCGAGCCGACCGAGGAGGAGGCCAAUUAUCUGACCUUCUUCACGAACUAUUGCAAACAGGAAGACUUCAUCGCGUACCGGUCUCUUUUCCCGGACGAUUUCGACCUCACGUUCCAGGAGACCACACGAACCGAGACAAGUACCACCAAAUCCCUGACCGACGAUGGAGAAGACCGGGCGUCUACUGCCGACGCGGACGACACCGAGAGUUGAGAUCGAACGUGAAACGCAUUUUCAAAUAUAUAUUCCAAUUUUGUCGUAUUUACUGUGUGCAAACGAUGUAGGAAAUAUGUUGUAGAAAUACCGAACGCGAGAUCAUGGUUUUAUUUUAUAUUAAAUAAUUUGUCUUUUAUCUUAAA